GAAUAAAGCGUAAAUGUUUUAAACAGACAUAAUAUGCCUGACAGAGACGUGCUUCAAAGAUGGUGUAUGCAGCAGCAAAUUAUUUGGAGCUGAUUACACAGUAUUUAGAAGAGAUCGUGAGAGUUCAUGUUCACAAAAAAGUGAUGGUGGUGGUUAAAAAAUGUCUUCAACUCAAAUUGCAGUUAUGAACUCGAAUCUGAUGCUGAAGAUCUUUGGGUAUCAAUCGAACAUAUCAACGGAGACUACAGAGACUUGAAGCUACCGCCGUCGGAAUUUGAACGGGUGACAGACCUUUUGCGCAGUAGCCCGGAGUUCACGAUUUCCGCACGACUGAAACAGGACCCCGGGAAUACGGGGUCAAUCGUGUCCUUCGCGCAUGGUUCCAACAGGUACUUAGAAUUACAAUCCAGUGGCAGGAAGAACGAAAUUCGCCUUCACUACACCUCUAGACUGGACAAUAAAGUAUAUGUAGAAACCUUUAGAUAUCAUUUAGCCGAUGAGAGGUGGCAUUCAUUAGCCAUUUCGAUAAGCGGUAGUCAAGUCGAGCUUCUAGUAGACUGCGAAUCGUUGUUUAAACGUCUACUGAAGCCUGGGGUGCCGGAGAGGAAUUUCACAGAGCCGAUUCAGUUGUGGAUCGGCCAGAGAAAUAACCAUUUUUAUCAUUUUAAAGGCGCGAUGCAAGAAGUGAGGAUAACGAGUGGUCCACACGGGUAUUUGUCUUCAUGUCCCCAUUUAGACUCGACGUGUCCAACAUGUGGACAGUUCUUCCUCCUUCAAGAUACCGUUCGGCAGCUCACCCAGCAUCUGCAAGAACUUUCAAAUAGGUUAUUGGCUGCUGAGCAGCGUAUCGGUCGAGUGGAGGAGUGCGACUGCCAGAAGUCGUGCCAAGUCAAUGGCUCCGUUCAUGCAGAUGGAGCCACCUGGCAAAUAGGCUGUGAUAUAUGUUCGUGUGUGCAUGGGGAGGUGAAGUGUCAUCCCGUAGAGUGUCCAGAGUUGUCAUGCAAGCAUCCGGUGAAUAAGAGUGGCGACUGUUGUCAGAGUUGUUUAAAACAUUGUUUAUUUUACGGUCAAUUUUAUGACCAUGGUGAGCAAGUGACUAUAAAAAAGUGUGUGGAGUGUCAGUGCGACGACGGCAGUAUGAAGUGCGUUAGGACUGACCCAGAAACGAACUGUCCCAGAUUAACAUGCCCGCCCGAACAGCAGUUCAGUGUCCCAGAUCAUUGUUGCAAGUUCUGUCCAGGUCCCAAUACGUUCCCGGAACUAUUCACAGAUAGCAUAUCUGCAACACCCUUUACCCCAAUUGGGCUCACACCAGUAUUCCAAAAUCACAAAGUGGAGAAGAAGAAUAACUGAAUAAUGUGUAAAAACUAACGAUAAUGUUGUACAUAUAUUGUAAAUUAAAUUAUUUUUUAUAAAUCAUGACUUACUAUAAGACUA